GGCCCCGCCUCACUCUUUGCAGGACGUCACCGCGGACUGCAGGGGCCUGAGCCGCUGCUGCCGCCGCCGCUGCCCCUGUCGCGCAGCCCCACAUCAACGCAGGGGGCCCCGGCACCACCGCCACCAAAAAGUCGCUGCCGCUAGGGUCACGACCGCAUCGGUGCAGGGCAAGAUGGCAUCCGCCACAGACUCACGCUAUGGGCAGAAAGAGUCCUCGGACCAGAACUUUGACUACAUGUUCAAGAUCCUCAUCAUUGGCAACAGCAGCGUGGGCAAGACCUCAUUCCUAUUCCGCUAUGCAGAUGACUCCUUCACGCCUGCUUUCGUCAGCACUGUGGGCAUCGACUUCAAGGUCAAGACCAUCUACCGCAACGACAAGAGGAUCAAGCUGCAGAUCUGGGACACAGCAGGGCAAGAACGGUACAGGACCAUCACCACUGCCUACUACCGGGGAGCCAUGGGUUUUAUCCUCAUGUAUGACAUUACCAAUGAAGAGUCCUUCAACGCCGUGCAGGACUGGUCGACCCAGAUCAAGACGUACUCAUGGGACAAUGCCCAGGUGCUGCUAGUGGGGAACAAGUGCGACAUGGAGGAUGAGCGGGUGGUAUCAUCCGAGCGUGGCCGACAGUUGGCUGACCACCUCGGCUUUGAGUUCUUUGAGGCGAGCGCCAAGGACAACAUUAAUGUCAAGCAGACCUUUGAGCGCCUGGUGGAUGUCAUCUGUGAGAAGAUGUCCGAGUCUCUGGACACGGCCGACCCCGCAAUCACGGGCGCCAAGCAGGGCCCACAGCUCACGGACCAGCAGGCGCCCCCACACCAGGACUGCGCCUGCUGAGAGCUGCCCUCGCCCCCUCCCGGCCCCACCCCUGCCCACCC